CAGUAUCGGCUCUCUGUCAUACAUACAUACAUACACUUCUUUACUUGCUCUCCGCCUGAAGGCGCUACAAAACCACGACCACGAUCACGGUCACGAACAAGACAAGACAAGACACCACAACCCAGCCAUGAACACCAAUCCAGACCCCUCAUCCGCAUCAAACCCCGCCCCCGACACCCUCAUGUACCUCACAUACACAUACGCGCACACCCACACACAAAUUUACACGCACAUGCAAGAAUACAGCACCACCAGCACCACCCUCGCAUUCACCCUCUCCCGCGACUUACUCUACGUGCUGCUAGCGCUAGGUGUCUUCUUCGCCGUCAUAGAAAUGCUGUGCGCGCUUGUUGAGGGCGUUGUUGGGGGUGGCAGCGACGAGAGGAGCAACGGCGAUGGGGGCAGCGGUGGUGGGGGCAACGACGACGGGGAUAGCGGCUAUGGGGGCGAUGAUGAUGAUGGGGGUGACGAUUGGGGUAACGAUGGUGGCAGCGAGACGGCAGAUGCGUGCUUUGCGCAGGUUUGUGAGGAGUGUGCGUGUGCGUGCGGCUAUGCCUACGAUAGCGGCAAUAGCAGCUGCUGCUGCGGCUGCCCCGAAACACCGCUUAUCACGACCUGCGCUCCUGACAUCGUUGCCCGGGGAGCUGAGUUGAGCUGCUAUGCGCCUGACGAGGAGGGGGGUGCGCUUGGUGUGGGGGAGGAGGACGGCGGCGAUGACGACACUGCCGAUGGCAAAGACGACACUGCCGAUGGCAAAGACGACGCUGCCGACGGCAAAGACGACCACGGUGACGAAGAGCAGAGACAAGCUGUGGAGAGGUGCACGUACGAGGGCAAAGGGCUAGGUUCGGGCGUGGGCAUGGGUUUGGGUUUGGGUUCGGGUUUGGGUUUGGAAAGAGCUGCGGUGAUGGUGGGUGUGGUGCUGGUGGGUAUGCAGGGGGGAGAGGGUUGUGUGGGAGAGACGUGGUGA